UAUUUCGCCUCUGUAGAUACACACUCCCAGUCGCCUCACCCAGUCACCCACGGAUAUUGUUAGAGUUAUAUCAGCGCAAUGGAGUUAUUCAAUGAGGCAGUGGACUACCUUGAGACACAGCAUAUCCCAGUGGAGGCUGUAGAUGGUACAGGGCCUGAUCCACUGGAGGAUGAUGUGUUUCCAGAGGAGGAUGUGUUCUCCCCCCUCCAGACAGACAGCAUGGACCUGCCCGACACCCCCGUCCUGCGUACCCUGGAAGAGAUGCUGGUUAGGAGGCUCAUGGUCCUGAGAACGGUCCUGGACAGUGAGAAGAUCUACCUCAAUGAGCUAGAGACACUGUUAAUGCCUAUGAAGGCCUUGAAGGCCACAGCAGGGACGUCUCAGCCAGUUCUGUCCAGCCAGCAGGUCCGAACUGUGUUCUAUCAGGUGCCUGAGCUCAGAGACCUGCACAGAGACUUCUACACUUGCCUGAGGGACCGCCUGGGGCCGCUGGGGCCACAAAUACACCCAGAGACAGACCCGGGGCAGGGGCCGGGGAAAGAGCAGGGCCAAAUGGGCUUCCACCUAACUGUUGGAGACCUCUUCCUUAAGAUUGUGAGCCAGAUAGGUGUGUAUCGUGGUUUCAUAGAUAACUAUGAGAGUGCUGUGGAGAUCGUGAGGAGGUGUACUCAGACUGACAAGCGCUUCAGAAUACUGGCUGAGAGUAUGAUGUUUUAUAAUGGAUCAGACAAAUCUAAGACGGAAUACACCUUUGAGGCUCUGCUGUACAAGCCUCUGGACAGAGUCACCAAGACAACCUUAGUGCUGCAUGACCUGCUGAAGCACACUCCCCAGACGCAUGGUGACCACCCCAUGCUGCUGGAGGCUCUGAGACUGUCCCAGAGCUUCCUGUCUGGGGUCAACGAGGGGUCACAAUGCAAACAAGAGGUCACCCUCAGCAGGGGCAUGCGGCGUCAGCUGAUGCGUGAUGGCUUCGUGGUGGAUGUGUGUGAGGGGGGGCGUAACCUUUGCCAUCUCUUCCUGUACACUGACCUGCUGCUAUGCACCAAACUCAAGGGCGGGGCCCAAGGUAAGCAGGCCCAGUACAGGUUCUGUUGGUACCUGCCUCUAGCUGGACUGAAACUCCGCUGGGGACCAGAGAUGGAGCGCACCACAGACACACACCAGCGCAUACACACCAUGAGAGCUAAGAUGUACGUGCUCAGACACGAACUGCGACAGAUCAUGAAGCCUGUCCCACUGAAGUCCUUGGCUGCUCGAACUUCAGAGCGAGGCAGGAAGAAAAUGGAGCACCUUGAACUGAUGUUUCUCACACAGUCUCCCUUCCUCCCCCUGGAACUACACAGCCCCAGCGGCAAGAGCCACACUCUGGUGAUGUCAUCUCUGUAUGAACUAGAGGAGUGGAGAGAGGCCAUCCACAGACUCACCGGAGAUAACAUAGAAACGGUUCCUCCAGAUCUGCUCACCUUGACCAGCUCCUGUGUUAAACUGAGAAUGACCCAACAGCCUCCCCUACACGGCAUACUGCCUCAAAGUGAGGAGGAGUCUCUAUGUGGGACUCUCAGUGUAGCCAUUCACUCUGCCUGUGGAUUACAACAGCCAGCCAGUGUGUAUGUGUGUGUGGAGGUGGAUGGCUUUGAGUUCUAUGAGAGCCAAGCCCAGACCCAUUCCUCUGUCAGCAGUCUCUGCCCUCACUGGGACCAGGAGUUCUCAUUCCAGGUGGAUGGGGCUCAGAACCUCAGGGUGCUGGUUGUGUUACAGCCAGAGGUAGAAAAGAUCUGUGAGGGCCAAGUCCUUGGCAAGACCUCCAUACAGCUGGACCCAUCCCUCCUACAGAAGCGAUGGAGGAGACAGACCGUAUCUCUAGGCCAGGUGGUUGUGAGUCUGUCUCUAAAGUACUACCCUCACCCUCUAGACCGGCCCAGUCUGGCCCCCGCCCAGCAACAGCGCAUCUUCUGCAUGCCCAUUGGAGCUGUGGCACAACAGGAGGGAGUCCUGGUGCCACAUGUGGUGCGUUGCUGUGUAGAGGAGGUGGAGAGGAGAGGAAUGGAGGAGGUGGGCAUCUACAGGCUAUCAGCAGCUACCAGUGACAUCAACAACCUCAAGACUGCCUUCAACACCAACCUGCGUGAGGCAGUGUCCAGGUUGAGGUGUGUAGAUGUGAAUGCUGUCUCAGGUAUACUGAAGCUCUACUUCAGGGAGCUGCCGGAACCCCUUAUACCUACAGAGCUGUUUCAGAGCUUCACCAAGGCGUUGGACAUCCCAGACCUGAGCUCCAGGAGUGUGUCCAUGUUGUCUCUGCUCCAGUCCUGUCCCUCCGUCAACCAAAACACCUUCCUGUUCCUCCUCCACCACCUCAAACGAGUGUCAGAUAGACAGGAUGUGAACAAGAUGCCUCUAAUGAACCUGGCCACUGUGUUUGGUCCCAGUCUACUGCGCCCCCCUGUGGCUGUUCUGGGGCAGAGCAGCCCGCCAGUGGACAUUUCUCAGGAGGUGGUGGUGCAGGUCCAGGUUGUGUAUUCCUACCUGCAGUGUGACAACCUGCCAGCAGCCCAGACCUGCUUACCACAUGACACAGCGACCUGCGACAGCGACUGAGGAGGAUUAGACAACCAGCAAGUGAACCAACUCCUGGAAACAUCACGGUUGGCCAACAGAAACUAAGGGGAGAAAAAAAAGAAGACUUGUAAACUACAGACACUGUAAAGAUUAAAUGUAUUUAUUUGGGUUGACA